UAUGAGUGCGACGUGUGUGGCAAGGCCUGCCAGAGCCCGAGCAAGCUGGAGAUCCACCGGCGGGUUCACACGGGCGAGAGGCCCUAUGGCUGCCCCACCUGUGGCAAGAGCUUUGCCCGGUUGUCGGGGCUGUGGGCACACCAGCCGGUGCACAGCAGCGAGCGGCCCUUCACAUGCUCGGACUGCGGCAAAGGCUUCAAGUCGUCCAUGCACCUGAAGAGGCACAGGCGCCUGCACACAGGGGAGCGGCCCUACUCCUGCAGCGACUGCGGCAAGAGCUUCACCCGCCCCAACAGCCUGCUGGAGCACCAGCGCGCCCACAGUGGAGAGCGGCCCUACACCUGUGCCCAGUGCGGCAAGGGCUUCACCAACUCCAGCAGCCGGCUGGAGCACCAUCGCGCCCACACCGGCGAGCGUCCCUACACCUGUGUCCAGUGCGGCAAGGGCUUCACCCGCUCCAGCAGCCUGCUGGCGCACCAGCGCACCCACACCGGCGAGCGCCCCUACACCUGCUCCCAGUGCGGCAAAGGCUUCACCAGCUCCAGCAACCUGCUGAUGCACCAGCGUACCCACACCAACGAGCGCCCCUACACCUGCGAUCAGUGCGGCAAAGGCUUCUACAGCUCCAGCAGCCUGCUGGUGCACCAGCGCACCCACACCGGCGAGCGCCCAUACACUUGCGCCCAGUGCGGCAAGUGCUUCACCAGCUCCAGCAACCUGCUGAAGCACCAGCGCACCCACACCGGUGAGCGACCCUACACCUGCCCCCAGUGCGGCAAGUGCUUUGCCCACUCAAGCGACCUGCUGAAGCACCAGCGCACCCACACCGGCGAGCGCCCCUACACCUGCGCCCAGUGCGGCAAGUGCUUUAACCGCUCAACCGGCCUGCUGGAGCACCAGCACACCCACACCGGAGUGCGCCCCUACACCUGCUCCCAGUGCGGCAAGGGCUUCACCCGCUCCAGCAGCCUGCUGGAGCACCAGCGCACCCACACAGGCGAGCAUCCCUACACCUGCCCCCAGUGCGGCAAGGGCUUCACCCGUUCCACCAGGCUGCUGUCCCACCAGCAAUUGCACGCUGGCGACCAUCCUGCCCCCAGCCCGGUGUAUGGACAGCGCUUUGCCAUGGCCUCGCAAGACCUGUCUCACCAGCUCGUGCACACCAGUGGCCAACCCUAGGACUGCCCGUACUGUGGUGAGGUGUUUGACAGCUCGCGGGAGUUGCAGCAGCACC